AUUCGAUGUGCUCCUCGGCGCCUGCUUGGCAUCCAGCAGGUGGCAGGGCGUCCCACACGCCUCUGUUUCGACAGCAGGAAAAUGAGACAAAGAAGAAGAGCUACCCGGAAAUAGAAGAAGACGAAGCUAACGUGCUAGCCUAGCAAGCGGACAACUUUUGGAAGGUUCAAUUGUGUUCAAUUCAUCUGGAGGACUACAGAAAUAGAAGAUUGACUGUUGAGAGGCUGACGUUUUGAGGAUUUGGACAAUUUUAAAUUCAACAAGGUCUUGAAACAAAUGGAUGAUCGAAAUAGUUGCCAAUUAAUUUGAUAUAUUAAUUGUCAAGUCAUUGUUGCACCGCGAACCUUUUUGUGACAAUAUGAGUGAUGUUGUUUGUUGACAUCAAUCAACAUUAGGAGAUGUCAGCAGAUACCAAGAUCGCUGAACUGCUCACUGAACUUCACCAGCUCAUCAAACACACGCAGGAGGAGCGGUCACGCAGCGAACACAACCUGCUCAACAUCCACAAAACCCAUGAGAGGAUGCAGACGGAAAACAAAACGUCGCCGUACUACCGCAACAAGCUGAGAGGACUUUACACCACCGCCAAAGCCGACGCAGAGGCUGAGUGUGGAAUCCUGCGUCGCGCUUUGGACAAAAUUGCGGAGAUCAAGUCGUUACUGGAGGAGCGAAGGAUCGCCGCUAAGAUGGCCGGCGUUUAUAGCGACAGCGACCCCCCUAGGAAGACCAUGCGGCGCGGCGUUCUCAUGACGCUCCUCCAGCAGUCGGCCAUGACGCUGCCGCUCUGGAUUGGCAAGCCUGGCGAAAGCCCACCCCCUCUGUGCGGGGCCACACCCGCCAGCGGCGACUACGUGGCCAAGCAGGGAGACAAGGUGGCGGCCAGGGUCAAAGCGGUGGACGGAGACGAGCAGUGGAUCCUGGCUGAGGUCGUCAGCUACAGCCACGCCGCCAACAAGUACGAGGUGGACGACAUCGACGAAGAAGGCAAAGAGCGACACACUCUGAGCAGACGUCGCAUCAUCCCGCUGCCGCAGUGGAAGGCCAACCCCGAGACGGACCCCGAGGCGCUCUUCAGCAAAGACCAGCUGGUGCUCGCCCUCUACCCACAGACCACCUGCUUCUACCGCGCCCUCAUACACGCUCCGCCGCACAGGCCCCAGGACGACUACUCGGUGCUGUUUGAGGACACGUCGUACGCAGACGGCUACUCGCCGCCUCUCAACGUGGCUCAGCGCUACGUGGUCGCCUGCAAGGAGAACAAAAAGAAGUAAAAGCCAAGUGGACA